CACAAACAUCUGGAGGAAGAUUAGCUAGUAUUAUUUAUAUAAUGAUUGGAAUUCCUUUAUUUUUAAUAAUUCUUGCCGAAGUUGGUAAAUUACUUUCUCAUGGAUUGAGAAAACUUUAUAAAAAAAUGCAUAAAAUGAAAAGAAUUCCUGAAGCUGCCAGAAAAAUGAGUGAACCAAUGAAAGUAAUUAUAAUUUAAAU